GCGGUUGUCGAAGAUCCUCACCACAAAUGGAGACAAGCCCAAGCGAAGGCGCCCUCCAAACACGUUGCCCACCACCCCCGCCGGCUGGCUGGCAGCUGGCAGUUGGCGGCCGCUUUGCUUUUGGCUCGGUCACUCUUUUUUGUCUUGUUCUUGUUUAACCGUCAAACCGACUCUCCCUCCCGCUUCCCCUCCUCUGACUCUGCUCUAGCACUGUUUUGCUCUUACUUCUUUUUUUCUUCACGAAGGACGCAUUUGUUUUAUCCUGCGCUUAUUAUUCCCUUGGGCCUUGCCUUAUCCUCUUUUUUUAACCCUUUUCUGUUUGCUUGAAUAAGCUCUGCAUUGCCAGGCCCCGACGUCACAUUGCAGCGCGGAGCCGCAUCAGCCACCACAGCACAGCUUGAGAGCUUGGGGACAAUAUGCGUCCAGACGCUAGCAACACAAUCACGCAUCACCCCAGCGUCUACCGGCUGCAGAACAAUGCCACCCCGAGUCGCAGCAGCUCCAGGUCGGCAGGACGAAACAAUGCGUCUAGCACGGCCGUGUCGCCUACCGCAGAGACGAGCGACGCCAUCGCGCGCCAUGCUUCUCAUGCGGCGACCGACGUGGAGAGCCAGAUGACGCUAGGUCGACACUCGCGAUUCCCAAAUGUAAAUUUGGAGAGCGACCCGUACGGCUUGUCCUUGUCGUACAAGACAGAGUCGGAUCUAGAUCAGAUCAAAGCGAACUCGUCACGCAAGAGGAACCCUACUAGCCCGACUGUGGCCAAUGUCGAGGCCCCCAAGCGCAAUGCCAAGAAGCUGCGCGGCUUCUACGAGAACCAAAACUCCGUGAUUGAGAGGAUGCUAAAGUCGGUGGAGGAGCACGUUGCUGAAGCGCGCCAGGAGCAGGGUGAGGACCAGCUCAAGUUCCAGAUUGCCGUGUACGGCUCUCUGGCGGCCAACGUCAUCUUGACUGGCCUACAGCUCUACGCGGCAAUUACGUCGGGCUCCCUAUCGCUUUUUACUACUAUGGCCGAUGCGGUGUUUGAUCCUCUCAGCAACAUUGCCCUUAUCCUGUCAAACCGAGCCAUCAACCGCGUGGACCCUCGCAAGUUCCCCGCGGGCAAGGCACGCCUGGAGACAGUGGGCAACAUCAUCUUUUGCUUCCUCAUGACGUCGGUGUCGCUCAUCAUCAUUGCGUUUGCGGCGCAGGAGCUGAGCCAGCGAACAGACGAAAAGGAGUUUUCCCUGCCAUCUGUGAUAUCCGUAUGCGUGGCAUUUAUGACCAAGUUUUCCCUCUUCUUAUACUGCUGGUCCAUCAAGGAUAAGUACAGCCAGGUGAACAUUUUGUGGCAAGAUCACCGCAACGACCUGCUAGUCAACGGCUUCGGUAUCUUGACAUCGGUGGGAGGCGCCAAGCUGGAAUGGUGGAUCGAUCCGAUGGGCGCCAUUUUGCUAUCAGUGCUCAUCUCGGGCAUUUGGCUUCGGACGGCGUUUGGCGAGUUCCUGCUGCUCGUAGGCGUGACGGCGUCGGUGGACACGCAGCAGCUUAUCACGUACGUGUGCCUGACGCACUCUGAGGAUAUUCAGGGCAUCGAUACAGUUCGCGUCUACCAUUCAGGACCUCGCCUGAUUGCCGAGGUGGACAUUGUCAUGGACCCAGCCGUGUCCUUGAUGGAGACGCACGACGUCGCCGAAGCGCUGCAGAUGAAGCUGGAGAGCUUGCCCGAUAUUGAGCGCGCAUAUGUCCAUAUUGAUUACGAGACAACGCACAAACCCGAGCACGCCUACAAGAAGGACCUGUAAAAGCGCAGGCAUAGGCGGGCAGUCCGUUGCUGGUUACAUUUUCUUACACGUCCCUAGCAUCGCAGACUGCAACAUAAUAAAUGAGCUUUUCCUUCUCCUUUUUUCUUUCUUUUAUCUUCUCCUUUACUCAUAUAGCAAAGCAAUAAUCAUGAAUCCUCUCUCUUCUUCUUCCUCCUCACUAUUUAAUAUAUGCG